GCCGUCGAGUAUGCUCUCACGCGCUACCGGGCCAAUGCCGCGGAACUCGCGGUGAUCGAGUUGCUUCUGCGUCGAGCGCAGCUGGCGGAGUGCCGCUGCCAGCGUCGUCUGCUGAGGGCCGACGGCCAGCUGGACAGCAUCCUGCAGGGCAAGUUCUUGUGCCUUGGCAUUGGCGAGGCGAGGGGGCAGCUCAUGCUGCGCCCUCCUCUCGAGGAGCACGCGGCGGCCCAGCUCCACUGGGGGGGCGCCGUCGCGAAGGGGGCGCGCAAGCUGCAGCAGGAAAG